AUGCUGAGCAGCAAUCUUCCUGGAGAUCUGAUGAUGGAGAUCAUGAUGAGGCUUCCCAUAAAAUCAUUACUUCGAUUCAAAUGUGUAGCCAAAUCCUGGUACGCUCUAAUCACUGACUCUUCUUUUAUCACCAAACAGCUUGAAUAUUCCAAUUCUAUCACCAAAAAUCGCUGCCUCAAGCUCAUCUUCCAAUCGCAUCGUCCACGUAAACAUCCACCCUGCAUAUCCCUCAUUUCCAAAGAUGAACCCUAUGUGCUCCACCAUAUAGAAUUGCCCCAAAUCCUUCAGAAUGAUUUGGAACUGAUAUUCAUUUACGAUCAAUGUCAUGGGAUCUUUUGUCUGCAUUUAGUUUUUAAAGGACAAAAUGAGGGUCAAUUACUGUUGUGGAACAUAGGAUCAAAAGAGGUUAAGGUUGUUCCUGCUGCCUCACAGAGAAAACCCGAAUACAUAGAUGAUUCGAUUAUUGGAUUUGGAUUCGAUCCCAUCACAAAGGAUUACAAGGUUGUUCGGUUUGUAAAAAAGCCUUGGGAGGAGGAGGAGGAGGAGGAAGAAGAACCUCCGGUGGAAGUGUACAAUCUUAGUACUAAUUCUUGGAGAACAAUCGAUGUUGAUGUCCCUAAUUAUGAAUUGGCUUAUCCAAGCUGGAGUUCAUAUCUGAAUGGGUUUUAUCACUGGUUAGCUUUUGUCCGAAACGAUGAGAUUGAUAAUAAUGCCCUUAUUUUGAGCUUUGAUUUUAACAAGGAAGUAUUUAGGACGAUCCAACUUGAUCCUGGGAUUAAUCUUUCGUGUGUUGCAAAUGUUGCUGUAGCCAAUGAUUGUCUUGCUUGUGUUACUGCAUAUAACUGGCCUCUCAAAUUUGAGAUUUGGGUGAUGAAUCAGUAUGGUGUAGAAAGUAGUUGGACUAAACAACUUCAAAUUCAACUCAUCAUGUGA